UAUAUUGUGGUAACUGUUCGGUAUCCUAUAGUUUCUCAAGCGCUCGUCUGUCUGAAAUAGCCUACGAUAUAAGAAUAUAAGGAUAAGAACAUAUGAUGAUUUUGAAGUGUAUUCGGAACCAACAUGAUUCGCCAAGGAAGGGACGGGAUGUCAUGUCCACAUGGAAAACUAAAACUAGUUGUGAGACUGUUCAAAUAGAAUAUGAUCGUACGUCUGAACCGUUCAUAAAGCCCGAGUUGUCUACUACAAUAGUAAACAGAUUAAGGGAUACAUUAGGGUCGAAGGAGACAUUUCUACAGAAGCAAAACAACUUGGACAUUUUCAAGAUUAUAAAAGACCUAGCAACACAGUUAAACAGAGUCACAGCAAAGGUUUCUGGAAAGCCCCAAUCUUUUAAGGUGGUGGAUGACUUAGGUUUAGAUGAAUGUAAAGGUUUUAUUUUCAGAUGGUCUAAAGAGCUGAAAUGUUUGAAGUCAAAAUACAAGAACAACAUGGGCAAGAUUUCCACUGUUGAGAAAUUCAGGAGUCUGGAAGCUUUGAACAUCAAAACGCAUCAAGAUCAGAGCCUGAAAAAUGCUCUAAAAGAUUUUCAGUGGUUAAUUCAUAUUUUGCAGUCACUUCCAAAGUACUCAGUGUGUCAAGAAGGACACGCUGGAGUAGAACUGUUGAAUCUUUACAGACAAUGGAAAAAAGGGCAGCUGAUCAACAUGCUUCCAAUUAUGGACUUUACCAUGAAGACAUUACUUAAGGAAAAGAUUGACAAUCAUCAUUUGAACGGCAUCUCCAUACCACCAAUAUUACAGCUCUCUGCAUAAUUACAUGUAGGCAAAAUAAGAAAACAUUGAAAGUGUUAAAAGACGUAUGACUGAUGAUAUUUUGAUGUAAAUUAUAGUUUUUUUUAAUCUAUAAAGAAUACUUAAAUUAUAAUAAAAACCUUUAAAUCA